AUGCCUCCCAAAUCGAAUCCCGGCGCCUCAAAGGGCGCAAGCAAGCGCUCCAAUAAGUCCUCUUCAGGCUCCGGCGGCGCCCCCAAACCCAAGUCGAAGUCCGGCCCCAAACCACCUCCAACACAGCACAAGCCCAAGACCGGCAUCGAAAAGAAAAAGAAGCCUCCUCACCUCCGCUACUCUGAAAAGGAACUCAAAGUACCCAAACUCAACGGCAUCAUUCCCACCGGCGUGGAGAAGCCUCCCAAUGUCAAGAAAGGCAAGAAUUUCGUGGACGACAAGGAAUCGAUGAAUGCAAUCAUGGCGCUGGUGAUGGCAGAGAAAGAGGGCAAUAUCGAGAGUAAGAUGAUGAGGGCGCGGCAGAUGGAGGAAGUGAGAGAGGCGAAGAAGGCAGAGGCAGAGAAGAGGGCGCAGAGUAAGAAGGAGAGUUUAGAGGGCAGGAAGGAGGACAUCAAGAAGGGGAACAGUAAGAAGAGGAGGAGAUCGGAUGGGGAUGCUAAAGAGGAGAGGAAGGAGGCUGCUCCGGGGACGACGAAGCUGAAGAAGAAGAGGGUCAGCUUCGGCUGA